AGGUUGUGGGCUGAUGUAGAAACGUUUGUGGGUUUUGGAAAAGGAUGUUAGUCGGUGUGAUUUAAACGUAAUUUAUAUGUUCCAAUUACACUCCUGGACUGGAGAGUCUUGUGUACUAGCGUUGUUUAUAUAGCCGUGUCUAUAGCUAGCAUUAGCAUCGGCGGUGGGUUGUGUUUGUUUCCUUUGUCGCUUUAUUGCUGUUUUUCAUUCCAACUGAACCGGUUUAAAACGAAAGGGGAUUUAAAUCCGCUUUCAACCGGUUGUCUUCUGUGAGCAUUGCGGUAGUUUGUAUAAAUAUCGCGUUUAUUAUUCCACAUUUAUUUCUCGACAUUUUUCCGCUGUUGACUUAUGACAGAAGCUAAUGCUAGCGUGCUAACAUUAGCUACAGCUGAUUGUGUGCGGUUCAGAGAAACCGAGUGUAUAAAUGUUUACACAGAAAGCUUCACUCACUCUUACGCUUUCAUUUUCACUCGGUGUAAAGUAACAGGGUCGGUUAUUCAGUAAUACCACUCAUUAAAAACUAAUUAGCCUAGCAGUGUUUGGAUAUUGAUUGGGGACUUUACUAGGAUUUACCCAGAUUAGCACUAAAUUACGCAAAUUCGUAUUUAAUUGCGCAGAUUAGAACUGAACACAGAGCAGAAGAUGUUUCGGUACCCGGACGACGUUGAUGACAAUCCGUACAUCAUGGACCCAUUUGCAGCACAUCGUCGUCAGAUGAGUGGUGUGUUUGGUUCAUUUGGAUUUGAUCCAUUUCCUAUGAAUCCUCAGAUCCAGUCAGCCCGAUCGCCUCUGCAGCAAGCUCAGGCUGGAGCUAUAACCCCCUUUGGCAUGAUGGGAAUGGGUGGAGGAUUUAUGGACAUGUUCGGCAUGAUGAAUGGCAUGAUGGAAAACAUGGAUAGGUUCUCUGGAGCUCCACCGUGUCAGUCGUUCUCCUCUUCAACCGUCAUCUCGUACAGCAGCGACUCUGAAGCACCAAAAGUGUAUCAGCAAACCAGAGAGAUCAGAACAGCACCUGGAGGGAUUCGAGAGACUCGUCAGUCAUUACGUGACAGCGCCAGCGGGAUGGAGCAAAUGUCCAUCGGACAUCACAUUGGAGAUCGAGCUCACGUGUUGGAACGUUCCAGAAAUGCGCACACCGGAGACCAGGAGCACAGACAGGAUUUUAUUAACCUGGAGGAGAGUGAGGCAGUAGCGUUUGAUGAGGAAUUUAGGAGGGGUGUUGGACGCUACAUUCCUCCCAGCAACCGCAGCUUGGAUUAUGGACGAAGCAGAAGAACAGGACCGGGGCAACUGGCAUUGCCUGCCCCCCCAAAUUCCUCCACCUCUUCCCCUCGACACCCUCAUCGCCCUCGCUAUGACUGGUGAAAGAACCAAGAACCUCAUGAUCUACCUGAUGAUGUGAACCAGUGUUUGAGAUUUAAACUGAUCCUGCACCGUGUGUGUGUGUGUGUGUGUGUGUGUGUGUGCGUGUGUGUGUGUGUGCGCGCGCGCGCGCGCGUGUGUGUGUGUGUGUGUUUGUUAGACUAGGCGUAUAGUCUCUGUAUAGGAAAGUCUGUUGGGUCCAAAGAGCUGAUUGCACUUCUGUUACUAGUCAACUUUGCCAGUACCUCACCAUGACCAGUCUGCUAUAGGUGUUUUAAACCACACUCCAUACUGACCCAUUUUACUAACUGUACACUCUUCCAGAUUACACCAGCAGGGCUGCUAUAGUUUCAAGUAGAACACAUAGUCUUGGGUUUGCGUCUCGGCGGUGCCACCAGCCCGGCUGCACAUUCACCAGACUCAGUUGGCCUCGUCCAAUAAAAUGAAAGGCUGGGUGAGGUUUUUCCUCGUUGACUAUGCAACAGCCACCCCUGCUGUGUGUUUAAGGCAUGUACAUGAGAGGGAGUACUGUGAUCAUCUGUAAGAAUCCUCUCCUGUAAAGAUACUUAUGGCGUUUGCUAGCUUGUGGCCUUCCACAGCCAUCGUAAGUGCAUGGAAAUUGGGUUUAUCCAAAUUGGGACAGUUUUUGCUGUAAAAAAAUCUGAAGCUGCUGGAUCAUGGUGACUGUGUUCAUGAUCAUUUUAGUUUGACACAAUCAUGGGUCUAGAGCUGUGGUUCUCGGUCUGUUCCACAAACAGUCGCACUAUGCUGAGGCUUUUCCUGGAUGUGAGUAAAAACCAUAGGAUUCGAGGAUUCGAAGCUCCUGUGCAAAAAAGAAGCUCCUGCUCUUGCUCUUUCUUUGUCCAUGAGACCGGCAACAAGCUUAAGUCCAGUGCAUUGUAAAGCUUGAUGUGCUCGUUUGUGGACAUAGACACCGUUUGAGCAUAUGGUUCACCUUGCUCUAUAUCAAUGUUUAAUAAUUGUAUAAAAUGCAUUUUUUUCGUAGUGCAUGAAGAUUUUUGGACCCUAUAUAUUCUGAACACACCACACACACUGUUGAACAUGUGAAGUCUAUUCCUAUGCUUCCAACUUAAAUAUUAAAAUGUGUAAUUAUUUACUGCUACACCAGGCAUGUGCCGAUAUUCAACACUAUACUGCAGUAACUGCUUACUUUUAAACACAGUUUACGGUAGUUUUGCCAUCCCAAAACUUCCGGCCUUUUAAUUUGGGUAGAAUAAGUUAUAAAAUAACCCUCUCCUCUCAUGUUUGUCCAAAAAUAAAGGGACCACAGAAUGAGCAGACUUGAUUUCUGGCUGCCUCCUGGAAUGGAGAGCGGUCUGUAUUGGGAAGUAGGUGUGGUUAUGUGAAUGUUGUGAUGUAUUGCAUUCUUAAUUAUCGGUACAUGCCUACACUGUACAGUUGGUAAAUGUCUGUGGUGUUGAUGCUAUGCUAAUCUGUGGGUUGAGCUGUACACUGUUCACUCGUUAACCUUAUUAAUAAAUACAAUUGAUAAAUUA